UUUUCAUUUGAUUUGAUUUGAUUUUUAAACCGGAACCGAAACCGAAACCAAAAUCCUCUCUUUUUCAAUUUUCCCCUUAGUUUUCUUCUUCUUCUUUUCUGAAAUCGAAUUCGAAAGUAGCAGCCAUGGAAGCGAUACUCGUGGAUUGUGUGCAGAAGAGUCUUCGGCAUUUCAUGCACGCCAACGCCAUCUUCCUCUGCCAGCGUCUCUGCGCCGAGUUCCCCACCGAGACAAAUCUCCAAUUGUUGGCUGGAUGUUACUUGCAGAAUAAUCAAGCUUAUUGUGCAUAUCAUAUCUUAAAGGGAGCGCAAAUGGCUCAAUCUCGAUACUUGUUUGCGAUAUCAUGCUUUCAGAUGGAUCUUCUUAGUGAAGCUGAAGCAGCACUGUGUCCUGUUAAUGAGCCUAGUGUAGAGGUUCCAAAUGGUGCAGCUGGUCAUUAUCUGUUAGGGCUGAUUUACAGAUACACUGACAGAAGGAAAAGUGCCAUACAUAAUUUUAAGCAGGCACUAUCAAUGGAUCCUCUAAUGUGGGCUGCAUAUGAGGAGUUGUGCAUAUUAGGUGCUGCUGAAGAUGCAACUGCAGUUUUUGGUGAAGCAGCUGCUCUUUGUAUACAAAAGCAAUACCUACAUUGCACGACCUCUCCUAAGUUGCAUUCAUCAGCUGAGGAUUGUAAUAUAGUUGACACUAGACACUCUGUCUCAGAAGACACAAGUCCUAGGCAACUGAAGCUCAUGCAGGGCAUGAAGGAUUUUCCCGGAAAUCAUCAUGGGGCAUCUAUUUUGGGAGGAACUGCUCAACCAAAUAAUAGUGGUCUGUCUAACAUAUCAUUUUAUAACACACCAUCUCCAAUGGCAGCACAGUUGUCAGGUGUUGCUCCACCCCCUUUGUGUAGGAAUGUGCAGCCUAAUGGCCAAAAUCUGAGCUCACUUAAUGCUGACAGUUCUCCUAAGUCAACAGUGAACUCUACCAUUCAAGCCCCUCGAAGAAAGUUCGUGGAUGAAGGAAAGUUACGGAAGAUUUCUGGAAGAUUGUUUUCCGAUUCUGGUUCUCGACGUAGUUCAAGACUCUCGAGUGAUGCAAGUGUAAAUGCAAAUGCUAAUGCAACAGUUGUAUCUGGAAAUGGAACUAAUAACUCAUCUAAGUAUCUUGGAGGGUCAAAGCUUAGCACUAUGGCAUUUCGUUCCAUGGCAGUUCGUAAAGGGCAGUCAUGGGCCAAUGAAAAUGCUGAUGAAGGGAUUCAUAAUGAUGUUCUAGAUGAUUCUCGCUUAAAUGUCACAUCAACAACUUCUAGUUCUUCUCCUACCAUGGAAGCUAAAUCUUAUGAGCAAAAAGCAGCAAAUUUUCCAAUUGGUGGACAAAUAGUGAGUGGUUCAAAAGUCAUAUCUGGUGCUUCAGAAAUACUGACCCUUCUUAGAAUUUUUGGUGAAGGUUGUAGACUUGCCUACUUGUAUAGGUGCCAGGAUGCACUGGAUACCUAUAUGAAACUUCCACAUAAGCAUUACAGUACUGGCUGGGUUCUUUCCCAGGUUGGAAAAGUGUACUUUGAAUUGGUUGAUUACUUAGAAGCUGAGCAGGCCUUUGGCCUUGCUCAUCAGAUUACACCUUACAGUUUGGAAGGAAUGGAUGUAUACUCAACAGUCCUUUAUCACUUAAAGGAAGAUAUGAAGUUAAGUUACCUGGCUCAGGAACUGGUAUCAACUGAUCGCUUAGCUCCUCAAUCUUGGUGUGCCAUGGGUAAUUGCUAUAGCCUGCAAAAGGAUCAUGAAACUGCACUGAAGAAUUUUCAACGAGCUGUUCAACUGAAUCCCAGAUUUGCAUAUGCACACACCCUUUGUGGACAUGAGUAUGUUGCACUAGAAGAUUUUGAGAAUGGAAUCAAAUGCUACCAGAGUGCGCUCACCGUUGAUGCAAGGCAUUAUAAUGCUUGGUAUGGACUUGGAAUGGUAUAUCUUCGCCAAGAAAAGUUUGAGUUCUCUGAACAUCAUUUUCGGAUGGCUUUCCAUAUCAAUCCACGCUCAUCUGUUAUAAUGUCAUACCUUGGUACAGCUUUGCAUGCUUUAAAGAGAAGCGAGGAAGCACUGAUGGUAAUGGAGAAGGCUAUUUUAGCAGAUAAGAAAAAUCCCCUUCCAAUGUAUCAGAAGGCAAAUAUACUCAUGAGCUUGGAAAAGUUUGACGAGGCAUUGGAAGUCCUAGAGGAGCUUAAAGAGUAUGCUCCUUGUGAAAGUAGUGUCUAUGCUUUGAUGGGCAGGAUCUAUAAAAGGCGUAACAUGCAUGAGAGAGCGAUGCUUCAUUAUGGUAUUUCUUUAGAUUUGAAACCAUCUGCAACAGAUGCUGCUGCUAUCAAGGCUGCCAUUGAGAAAUUGCAUGUACCAGAUGAGAUGGAAGACAACUUGUAGCUAGAUGUAUGAAGUGCAAAGUGCUAACUUGGUGUAAAUUACCCGCAUUUAAACCCUGAUAACAGGGACUUGGCUCUGCUUGUGCUUUCGGCAAAAUUGUUCAUUGAAGCAGCACAACUGCUUGAGGAGUAUUUAUUGAUGCAGCCAUCUAAGCGACGGAUCUCUCUUUCAAGUGACCAGAGUUUUGUAGGAGAUUCACAUACUAAUAGGAGGACAUGAUGUAACAAAGGUGCCAAGAAGUUCCUAUACCUAUACGAAUAGUUGUGUUAACAAAAUCUACGUGUAUCAUUAGUUAAUCCAUUCAUUUGUUGAUAAAUCACAGCUUCAGUCUCAACACACUUUCAUAUUUUUAAUUAUUUUAUAAAUAAGAUAAUUAUAACUUAAUAAAUAA